CUUGCCUCAGCCCCGCCUCUUCCUGCGCGUCAUCCCAUUGCUAUGGUGAUGCUGAGCUUCUGGAGCGGCUGCCCGGGGCCGUGCCAGGAUGAGAGCCGACCCGAUGCCCCUGGGGCUGCCCGUCCGCCGAGGCCGAGUCAUCUCCGACUUUCCCAAGUGGUACACGCCCGAGGCCUGCCUUCAGCUCAAGGAGCAUUUCCACGGGCAGGUGCAAGCUGCCUGCCGGGAGAGAAGGACGGGCACCGUGGGGCUGAAGGUGUCCAAGGUGGUGGUCCUGGGAGACCUCUACGUCGGCAAGACCAGCCUCAUCAACAGGUUCUGCAAAGAUGUGUUUGACCGUGACUACAAGGCCACCAUCGGGGUGGACUUCGAGAUGGAGAGGUUCGAGGUCUCGGGGGUCCCCUUCAGCCUCCAGAUCUGGGACACGGCCGGCCAGGAGAAAUUCAAGUGCAUCGCCUCGGCCUACUACCGGGGUGCCCACGUGAUCAUCACCACGUUUGACCUGGCGGAUGUCGAGACCCUGGGCCACACCAGGCAGUGGCUGGCAGAGGCCCAGAGGGAGAACGAGCCGGGAUCCAGCUUUGUCUUCCUAGUGGGGACCAAGAAGGACCUGCUGUCAGGUGCCGCCUGCGAGCAGACCGAGAUGGACGCCAUCCGCCUGGCCAAGGAGAUGCGGGCCGAGUACUGGUCGGUGUCGGCCAAGACCGGGGAGAACGUCAAGGCCUUUUUCACUCGAGUGGCCGCCCUGGCCUUUGAGCAGUCUGUGCUCCAGGAGCUGGAGAGGAAAGAUGGCCGCCACUGCCAGAUUGGAGCCGGCGCUGCCAUCGUCAUGCGAAUGGAGGCGAGCGCCGCGGCGGGCCGGGAAGCGGGGAGCCCGGGCCGCCUGCAAUGCUGCUAGGCUGCUGCAAUGCUGUGGGCGGAGCCUCUCCUGCGCGGACGCCCCUCAGCCGCGCCCUCCUCCCUCCUCGGCGACCUCCCAGGAGCCCCUGCGGCUCGCCCCUCCCCCACCCCGCCUCCCCGCCUCCCCUUCGGCGCCAUUAAAGCGUCUCCUCCCCCGC